AUGGCAGACCCGAAGACGGUUAAAGUGGGUGUCUUGAUUCCCGCGGAAGCUCAGCUCCUAGACACAGCCUGCGUCGACAUUCUCGCCAUGAUGGGCAAAGAUUACGUGGAGUGUCUCGAAGACCUGCCCAAACACCUUCUCCAGAUCGCUCCAGUCGUCACGAUAUCAUACAUCACGUCUUCACCAGUGGACGCCCCGAUGUGCUUGACAGCAAACAUGAAACUUCACGCCACUCAUCACAUCGCUGACCCGGACGUGCAGCCGGGCAAACUUGACAUCUUGCUGAUACCGGGACCCGAUCCCCGUGUCUCUUUCGAAGAACCGGUGUUGGAGUUCGUGAGGGGUCACUUCCAGAACAAAAGCACGGAUAUUCUGAGCGUCUGUACGGGGAUCAUGCUCUGCGGGGCUGCUGGUAUCCUCGAUGGACGCACCGCCUGCGGGCCGAGAGGCCUGCAGGCAGGAUUGAAGAAAAAGUACCCCACGGCAAAUUUGGUGGGAGAGAAAUAUCGGUGGAUUCAGGACGAAAACCUCUGGUCCAGCGGCGGCAUCACAAAUGGGAAUGAUCUCGUGGCGGCUUACGCUCGUGCUGGAAAGCAUUUCCCGGGACCGCUGGUCGAGAUUAUGUGCAUGAUGGCGGAUGUGGGUGACCGAGGACAAUCGUACUCCGAAGGCCAGACGGCAUUUACGAUCGGCUUUGUGUGGCAGCUUCUGCGGUCAAUGUUUGUGAGGAAGCGAUAA